CUAGCUAUAAUGAUCACAAAUUCCUUUCCAGAUUCAAUUAACUGCAAGCCGUGUCCAUGGGAAUACUGGUCUAAUGCUGAGAAAAAUAAAUGUGUUUUGAAGGCUGUAGAGUUUCUGUCAUUCACAGAAAUUAUGGGAGUAGUGCUAGUCUUUUUCUCACUGUUUGGAGUAGGAUUAACUCUGCUGGUGGCCAUCCUAUUUUACAACAAGAAGGACACCCCCAUGGUAAAAGCAAACAACUCAGAACUGAGCUUCCUGCUGCUCUUCUCAUUGACUCUGUGUUUCCUCUGUUCACUUACUUUCAUUGGUAGGCCCACUGAGUGGUCCUGUAUGUUGUGUCACACCGCAUUUGGGAUAACUUUUGUUCUCUGUAUCUCCUGUGUUCUGGGGAAAACAAUAGUGGUGUUAAUGGCCUUCAAGGCUACACUUCCAGGAAAUAAUAUCAUGAAAUGGUUUGGACCUGCACAACAACGACUCAGUGUUCUUGCUUUUACACUUAUACAGGUUAUUAUCUGUGUGCUUUGGCUAACAAUAUCUCCCCCAUUUCCUUACAAAAAUAUGAAAUAUUAUAAGGAAAAGAUCAUUCUUGAGUGCAGUCUGGGUUCUACUAUAGGUUUCUGGGCUGUACUCACUUACAUUAGCCUUCUGGCUUUCUUGUGCUUCAUUCUCGCUUUUCUGGCUCGCACACUGCCUGAUAAAUUCAAUGAAGCCAAAUUCAUCACAUUCAGUAUGCUUAUAUUCUGUGCUGUAUGGAUCACGUUUAUUCCAGCUUAUGUCAGUUCCCCUGGAAAAUUUACUGUAGCUGUUGAGAUAUUUGCUAUUCUAUCUUCAAGCUUUGGUUUAUUAUUUUGCAUUUUUGCACCUAAAUGUUAUAUUAUCUUGCUUAAGCCUGAACAAAAUACAAAGCAACACUUGAUAGGAAAAACAGCAUCUGUGUCCUUAGCCCUCCAGGCAUACUGAUAAUUUAAAACAACAUGUCUAUAUUCACAUGAAGAAAAAACAAAACAAAAAACAUACAGAUGCAAAUGCUCACCUGGGAGCA